UCGCGGCUUCCUUCAAAACAAGACGAAAAUCUCCACAUCACCUCAUAUUUGCCGAUUAAUCACACUUCAUCCCAUCGAGACACGUACACACGUUCUCUGCGCCUCGCAUAUGCCGCGCAUCAACGCAUUGUACAUAAGAAGUGAAAGCAGCAUGAAGCGGAAUAACCUUCUAGCACCGACCAUCCAUAUUGAAGCGGCACUCCAUAGCCAGCCGACUGGGCUUGACAGCGAGCAUAAGCUGCGACAGGAGAUCCAAGAGUGGCUUUUGAAUGUGUAUAAGACCGUGACUGUAGGGCUAGAUAUUGUGGGCUACGGGAGGAAGCUGCCGCUCGUGGCGGCCAUACACAUUGCGGACUACACCGGGCCGCCGAAGGAGCCAGCUUACUACGAACUUGCCCAAGUGGACAUAGACGUUCAGAUCUACGCGCUCCACGGGAGUGCUAAAGUCGACGGACGUCGAGUGAUAGUUCAAUCUACAGGCGACGAAGCUCUGGAACCCCGUAUCAUCGAGCUUCCACAUGGAGAUCUCGAGGAUGAGUGGAGCUCACUUGUCUUCGACGACGCCCUGCCGGCUCGUCUGUUGAGGUAUCUGGCACGCAUGAUGAGUAUGAUGAAGCAGCCCGGCUUGAUUCUGACCACAUUCAAUUGGAACCGCCUUUGUCUUUUGCAUGGCCCGCCCGGAAGCGGCAAGAGUACACUCUGCCGUGCCUUGGCUCAGAAGCUCAGCAUCCGCCUUAGCAAUCAGUUCACGAAAGCAAAGCUCGUCGAGAUCAACACCAACACCAUGCUAAGCAAGUACUUCGGCGAAAGCGGCAAGCUCGUCUCGAAAGCUUUCGAGGACAUCUUCAACACCGCACAAGACGGCACCACACUAAUCUGCGUCGUGAUGGACGAAGUCGAAACCAUCGCCGGCUCCCGCGAGCGUUCCGCCACCGGCGGCGAAUGCAACGACGGUCUCCGCGCCACCAACCAACUGCUCACGGCCCUCGAUCGCCUUCGGCAGCUGCCAAACGUAAUCGUCCUCUGCACGAGCAACAUGAUCACUGCCAUCGAUCACGCCUUCCUUGACCGUGUCGACAUCAAACAAUUCGUCCCCAGCCCAUCUCCAGCGGCCAUUUACAACAUCUUUCGCUCAUGCUUAAACGAGCUCAUCCGCAGCAAUCUCGUGGAGAUGGCUCGGGUGAGCCGUGAUCCUCGCCAAGCCAAACGAAGUCGCACAUCCCCUCCGUCUGCCACUUCUUCCUCUCCCGAGCACGAGCCCUCGGUCCCCGUCCCAGCGCCAGAACUCCCAACCUUCUCGGAGCUACAGCUGAAUUUUAUGGACCGGCCGCAAUCGCCCGCCUAUCGUGUCUGGAUCGUAGCGCGGAACUCCCAAGGUUUCAGCGGGCGCACGCUGCGUCGCUUACCGAUUCUGGGUCUGGCUAUGUAUACGUGGGGCGGCAGUAUCACCGUCGACGAUGCCAUCUCCGCUCUAGAGGCAGCGGUUGAGCAAGAACUCACAGCGGUGAAGCGCAAGGCUGUACACUUCGGCAUAGACGGAGGUCUUGUGAAUGGAAAGUGAGUGAUGAUUGUUGUUGUUGUACAUGCUUUGAGCCGUGUUAGAGAGCUUGAGCAGCGGCAGGGGCCUACCGGGAUGGCAAAAGGCUGACCUGUGGUAAGAGCCUUAAGUGGGUAAAGCUGCUGUUGCUUGUUACAAGCUAGAUGUUGUUGCUGCUUGUUCGUGACCUA